AUGUCGCACAUUCACUUCACGAUCUUGUGUGUGUUGGUGCUGUUGCUCAACACGGUUAUGAGGUUAGUUUCAGGGCAAAUGGGCCAAGUAGCGAGAAUGGCACCUGGCCAACAUGCCAGAAGAUUCCACUCGGCCCUUUCCCCAACUCAACAACAACCAACAUCUGAGUUGCUGGCUCUCUGGAUCGACAGCAAUGAAGUGGAAAAAAUAUCAGGCUAUCACGUAAUAAGGGCGCGAGACAUGGGACUUCUACCAACUGAGCUGUCACCGACUGACAUCAGACUGGAGAACUUUCUCCCUGAAGUGAAAGAUAAUUUUGUGGCGCACAUGUUACUUUGA